UCGUCGCCAUUGAUGAAACUGCUCGUCAACGGAUCCUACCCCGCCAACGUCCCAACUCCUCCAAUAAAUGUUACGCCAGAUUUUCCCACGCGACAAUGAGCGAGCUGCAGCGGGCGUGGGCACGGCAAAAAGUCGCUAUACCGGGCGAUCGUUUCGGAGAAGUAGACGAGGAGCAGGAAGUGGACUUCGUCCCUGAGCUCCCUGAGCACGCCGAGCACCCAGACGACGACUCAUCGUCUGCAUCGUCAGUCUCAUCCACUGGCACCAUCAUUCCAUCUCCCACACAGCGGCUCUUUGCUCGCCCUCAAGGCGUUUCGCGAGGGAAGAACUUGGAGCAGAUACCAUGGACGACAUACUUUGAGCGUGAGUUGUAUCUCAGCCCUGAGACCAACCCUGGCUUGACGUACCAUGCCUACCUCACGUCGCCGACCGAGAAGGGUCCUCUGUUUGUGAUGCACCACGGAGCUGGUUCGUCCGGUCUCUCCUUUGCACUUGUUGGAUCUGAAAUCCGCAAAAGGCUCCCGAAUGCCGGCAUACUGUCGAUAGACUGCCGAGGGCAUGGGCUCACCACCACUCCUAACGGGACUGAGCUAGAUCUGCGGCUCGACACCUUGUCUUCCGAUCUCCACGCGACGAUCGAGCUUGCCAAAGCAAAGAUGGGCUGGAGGCAGCUGCCUCCAAUCAUGCUGGUGGGACAUUCCCUCGGGGGCGCCGUGGUGACUGACCUUGCAAAGACCGGCUUGCUUGGUGCGGCUCUGCUGGGGUACGCGGUGCUGGACGUCGUCGAGGGCUCAGCCAUGGAUGCUUUGCAGAGCAUGCAGACGUAUCUCUCGACGCGGCCCGCUGGCUUCUCCUCGUUGCAGACUGGUAUUGAAUGGCACGUUCGGACGAGGACAUUGCGCAAUUCCACUUCCGCGCGGACCUCCGUCCCCGGGCUGCUGGCACGAGACGAGCAUGCUGAUACCAGCAGGCCUUGGCGGUGGAGGACGAACCUGGCCGCCACCCAACCAUUCUGGGAGGACUGGUUUGUGAGCUUGAGCAAAAAGUUUCUAGAGGCGAGAGGGGGCAAAAUGCUGCUCCUCGCUGGCACCGACCGGCUGGACACUGAGUUGACCAUUGGCCAGAUGCAAGGGAAGUAUGCGCUUCAGGUGUUCCCCGAAGCAGGCCACUUUAUACACGAAGAUCUCCCCGAGAGGACGGCGGUGACACUGGUGGACUUUUAUCGCCGAAACGAUCGGAGCACACUGGUGUUGCCGCCCAAAGUCUCAGACCUCCUUGCACAAGGGAAGCGUGUGUAAAGCUUUCUUUUAUGACGGUCUGGUAAUUACCAGCGCACACACGAGGUGCUUGAAAACUUCAUGUCUGAUAAACAAGACCAAACCCGAAGUCUGGCGACAUGCCCCGAGACAACAUGGCGUAUGGAGGCUAGAGAUGCCUUCGCCACCCCUAGUGGAUAAUAGUCUCGUUCCGAAAGAGGUCAAUUGAAGGAACACAAUUAGAGCUCAAGCCGGCACAUUACU